AUGCGAUUUCGACGUCCUAAAGUUGCAGACCCUUUAGUCAGGCCAAAGAAGAGGCUUACAGCAAGACCAGCAGCCACUUCUGCCCCCUCUGUUGGCACAUCCACAAAACCAACGACAGCUCGUCCAGUAAUUUCCAAUAUCACGCCCGCGAUUCAAACCGAGAAAGCUGCCUCCGGUCCAUCCCAAAAUGAUUUCUCAGUGAAUGGUUUCAGCGGUCCUUUACUGUCCGAGACUUAUGUGGAUUAUCCCAUAGUGGUCACCAAGCGAUCGUUGCGAGAAGGCUUGAAACAUCACAUCGCUCGCUUCGCAUCUAAAAAGACUAUCGAUCCUCGUGAUGAGACUCAAUUUACUCGACCCGUCAGGCUCCAACGUCGAGACCCUAGAGCAAAGACGCAAGAGAUGAAUCAGGACAAAGCCCAAACCCAGAAGUUAACACCUCAAUCCAACCACCAGUUAGGCGAUACCGAGAGGGAGGAGCUUGAAGCUAGAAAGGUCGCGAGAGAAAAAGAGCGUGCCGAAAAUUUGGCGCAAAUAGCCCCUUCCAUCGGAUCAGCACCCAAACGGGCUAACGUCCCGAAACAAAAGACGCAGCAAGUAUCGAAGACAGACAUGACGCCUGAAGAGGUUGCAAGAGCACGGAUUAAAUACGAAGAAGCUUUACCUUGGCAUCUCGAGGACUUUGACAACAAGAAUAUCUGGGUUGGAAACUACGAAGCCGCCCUUUCUGAAACACACGCUGUUUUCAUACCUGAGAAAGGCAGGAUGAGGAUGAUACCAGUGGAGAAAUGGUAUAAAUUCGGUGCCAAGAGCCAAUUCAGAGCCCUGACCAUUGAAGAAGCGGAAAGAUUUAUGGCAAAGAAAAUCAAAGAUCCCAGGUGGUUUAUGGAAAAGCAGCAAGAACAAGCACAACGUAAGGAAUUGGAACAAUUCGCAAAACAACGGAAGGUUUACGCUGGUAAACAAGGCACCCCAGCAGGUGCUGACGGACUGGAAGCCGAUGAAAUGGAUUUCGAAGAAGAUCGGUUUGCAGAUGAUGAGGAGCACGAUGAUCUCUUCAACGAAGACGAGGAGACCAAGGCAGCGGAAAAGCGGAUUAAACAGGAUCAGCUGAAGGCCAACGUCUUCGAUUUGAAGGAUGAAAAAGAAUACGAAGAAGAGGAGCUCAGGGAAAAGAGAGAACGGGAAGCUCGCCGUGUACUGGGCAAAAAGGUCCGCAAAGCGCUCAAGAAACGAGAGAAGAAUUACGACUAUAGCAGUGGCUCUGAUGCCAACCCCUACUCUGAUGAAGAGAGCUCUGAUGAUAGCGAAGCUGAACGAUUACGGGAAGAGGAGCGAAAAGCUGAAGAGGACAAAAACAAGAAGGAUUCAGCUCCGUCGACGAAGGGAAAUGUUACCCCAUCUGGUCGUCCAAAGCACACUGAACCUUUGAAGAAGGGCCUAGGUGCAGCGUCACGGAAACGGCUUGGCUCUCCGAAUGUAUCAGAUGCAAGUGGCACGGAUACCUCUCGCAAAAAGGCAAAGAGCAAGCAUCCUUCUCAUCAACCCACGCCUCAGCCAACUUCUCGUGCCCUGUCGCCAACUGCGCCUUCAGGACAAGUUGGUAAGAAACGUGUCCGGAACGUCCCAGGCGGCGCGGGAUCGGCUAGCGAUGCCGAUGGGGGAGCCGGCUCUGGAGGGGAAAUGAGCGAAAGCGGAAAAAUCAAGAAGUCGAAGCUUAACCCACCUGCAGCAACAUCACAAGGCGGAACGCCUCAAGGAUCCAGGGCAGGCAGUCCAACUCCUUUAGGCAGUAAGGGUCUCACCGCAAGUCGUGCUAGCAGUCCCGAGUCACUGAGGGGGCAAAAUCGCAUUUCUACGCCGGGACCUUCCGGGACUCUAAGCUUCCCAACUCCAGCAGAAAUUCAUGCCGCCAUACCUCAAACUGGUAUACUAAGCAGUGAUCUUCUGAAAAUUUUUCGGCCUCGCAUAGGCGAGUCGAAGGAGAAUCAUCGCAAGUUCAUUGCAAUAGUCAAGGAUGUCGGGGUGUAUGGAAAAGAGGACCGGCUAUUGCGACCAGGUGUACUGAAAGAUGGUCAAAGAUAA